GUUUGUUUCAAAAACUGUUUACCGCGCGUGCAAACUCUUUGAGCGCCAAUACGACCGUUUUACAACUUACUCGAGACGUGUUUACAUCGUUCAGAAAGUUCGCGCCGCUUUUUUUCGAAUUUUUAUUUCUUUUAAAAUUUAACUACACUGAUAACAAUGAACAAUCCAAGCUACUAUCCCAACUAUUACUCAAUCGACGACAUUAUGGUGACGCAGGAACGGAUUCCGUGCCGGGCGCUGCGUUCCCUAGAGAAGUUGGGGUUCCUGGACUCGUCCGAAAAGUCGGAAGAUUUGGAGAACAACCAGCAGCUGGAGCUUCCACUGUGGUACCUUUCGCAGCAGGACGAGCGGAAUCCCGACUUUGGCUUGCAGGUUCCGGACAUUUUUACCUCGGCUUACAAGGAAAUUUACAAGGCGGACGCAAACUACGUAGAGCUGGGCCGGCUGAACAAAUUUUACUACGAUUUGGGAAUGAAUUUGUGCAAGUUUGAGGCCGGUGACGACCUGGCGGAAAUGCUGCACGACACGGCAAAAGAGCGCGUCAAGGGCCUCAAGGAUCUGUGCAACAAUGUCAGCAACGAAAACCUGGUGGACAACAAGAAGCUGGAACACAUGGAGCGGAUGCUGUACGAGGUGGGCAGCCGGAGUCGCAAAAUGUUUGCCGACUGGCUGCAGGAAAAGGCUGUCAACAUCAAGUCGACGGAACUAGUCACGAACCACCGCAAGCGGAAACGAGACGUGCUGGACGGGGACGAGGGAGGUUCAUCGCAGGCGUCCCAGCGUAGUUCGAUGUGAGGGAUUGUCCUUAAUGCGGUUGCGCAUCGAGAUUCACCUUUGACUUAAUUUGUAUGAAUAAAGUAAUGAAUAGUUUAUAGUAAUUACUCUUUCUGCACACAUUUUUACGAUCGAC